UCUACUGCUACCGCCGAGCCGAAGCGUUCGCAGGCAGGUAAGCCGCGACAGCGACCGCGGCCGUGACCGCGACAGAAGCGAGUGGGGUUUAUGGGGCCGAACAACCAAUCGCUUAAAACCCUCGCUGAUCUCCGGCUCUACUCUCCUUCCCCACUGCAUUCCUCUACCCUUUCGAUCCCACGCCAAAAGAAGCCUCGUCCUCUCGUUCUCUCUCUGCGAUCCAGCUGAGCUGCGAGGGCUUUCCUUUGCCAAAUUGAAGGUCUUAGAGGUGCAGUCUCGGAUGGAAUUGCAAAUAUCUGGAAAUUUUAGGUUUUUGAAGCUCCCGACAGCAAAUUAAUUCAUAGCAAACACUGGGAAUUCAAUUUUUUGUGAAAAUGGCAACACCAAUGCCGUGCUUUACACCAUUUAGCCGGCAAUGUUCGGUUGGAGUUCUACGGAGUCCUGGAGGAAGAGUUUUAGCUGAGAAGUGGACUAGUAGAAAUAGCUCAUUCGAAAUGCUCAGCAAAGGAAAUGGCCUUCUGGGCACGGCACAGAGUGUUGCUUCUUGCUCUUCUCGUGUUCAGUGUUCUGCUAACUCUCACAGCAUGAGCUCUUUUCCCAAUAAAGAUCGUUUCUCGAAUCUCCACCCUGAGGUUUCCUUGCUACGAGGGGAGAAGAAUGACAGAGUUAUUGAUUCAAGGAGAGAGUACGUGGGUGAUGAUGUUGCUGAGACCUUAGGAUGCUUGUCAGUUCAGAAUGAUCAUAAUGGGGCCAAGAUCAAGGUCAUUGGUGUUGGUGGUGGGGGUUCCAAUGCUGUCAAUAGGAUGAUCAAAAGUGACAUGAGGGGUGUGGAGUUUUGGAUUGUUAAUACAGAUGUUCAAGCAAUGAGGAUGUCGCCUGUUUUUCCUGAGCAUUGCUUGCAAAUUGGUCAGGAGCUGACUAAAGGGCUUGGUGCUGGUGGGAACCCAGAUAUUGGUAUGAAUGCUGCAAAGGAAAGCGAAGGAUCAAUACAGGAGGCGGUUAACGGUGCUGAUAUGGUCUUUGUGACGGCUGGAAUGGGUGGGGGAACUGGAACUGGGGGUGCCCCUGUAAUUGCUGGGAUUGCCAAGUCAGUGGGCAUCUUGACUGUGGGCAUUGUCACAACCCCCUUCACUUUUGAAGGUCGGAGACGUGCAGUUCAUGCACAGGAGGGAAUUGCAGCUUUAAGAGAAAAUGUUGAUACACUUAUUGUCAUCCCAAAUGACAAGCUUUUGACAGCUGUUUCUCCAAAUACUCCUGUGACAGAAGCAUUUGACUUGGCUGAUGAUAUACUUCGACAAGGUGUUCGCGGCAUCUCUGAUAUAAUCACGGUUCCAGGUUUGGUUAAUGUUGACUUUGCUGAUGUGCGAGCCAUUAUGGAAAAUGCAGGUUCAUCUUUAAUGGGCAUAGGAACUGCAACAGGCAAGUCGAGGGCACGAGAUGCUGCUUUAAAUGCCGUUCAGUCCCCUUUACUGGAUAUUGGUAUUGAAAGAGCUACUGGAAUUGUUUGGAAUAUCACUGGUGGAAAUGAUUUAACAUUAUAUGAGGUAAAUGCAGCAGCAGAAGUAAUUUAUGACCUUGUUGAUCCUAGUGCAAAUCUAAUAUUUGGAGCAGUGAUAGAUCAGUCACUCAGUGGUCAAGUGAGCAUAACUCUAAUUGCCACUGGAUUCAAGCGCCAGGAUGAACCAGCAGGGCGAACUUUGCAAGAUUCCCAACUUGGUCGUGGAGAUAGCCUGGGGAUAAACCGACGUCCAACCUCUUCUCUUAGUGAAGGCAAUGUGGUAGAGAUCCCAGAGUUUCUAAGGAAGAAAGGACGCUCUCGUUAUCCAAGAGCUUGACGGGUCCCAUUUUAUAAUAUACUAUUCCACUGUAUCUUUGUCUUCGUUUCCUGAAAUUGCCUGUUAGCAGUACAACUAGUAUCCAAGAGCUUGACGGGUCCCAUUUUAUAAUAUACUAUUCCACUGUAUCUUUGUCUCCGUUUCCUGAAAUUGCCCGUUAGCAGUAUAACAAGUCCUCCACCUUCAACCUAAGUGGCAAGUCAUGUAAAAGAGCUUUUUUUUUUCUUUAAUUUAAUAAAAUUUUCUUUCUCCUA